AUGUCUUCCAGCGGCGCCCUCAGCAACUACUAUGUCGAUUCUCUGAUCGGACAUGAGAGCGAGGAAGCCUACGGCGGCGGCGGCGGCGGCGGGGGGAGCGGCCGGUUCCUGCCAGGGGGCCACCACGCGACCCCCCGGCCGGCCUCAGGGGCGGUGGCCGAGGGCUCGGACUUCGCCUCCUGCAGCUUCGCGCCCAAGUCCGCCCAGGUCUUCUCCGCCUCGUGGUCCGCCGUCCAUCCCCAGCCGUCGGCUGCCAUCCCGGGCAUCUACCACCCCUACAUGCCCCAGUCCCACCUGGGGGGGCCCGGCGAGGGGGGCGGCGGCGGCGGCAGAUACGUGCGCUCCUGGAUCGAGCCCUUCGCCUCCUUCCCCAGCAGCCCCGGCCACGGCGGGCACAACGCCGGGGCGCCCCCGGGCGCCGGCUCCUCGGGCGGCGGGCGCCACUACGGGAUCGUCAAGCCGGAGUCCGCCGCCGCCGCCGCCUCCUCGGCCCCCCUGGCCUCCAACAACGUCGCCACCAUCUCCUCCUCCUCCUCUUCCUCCUCCUCCUCCUCUUCUCCUUCCAAAAGGACUGAGGGCGCCCGGCCCAGGGAGCCCCCGGCGAUCUCCACCGGCACCGGGCAGGAGUACACGUGCAAUCCCUUCCUGGCAGAAGCCCGUGAGAAGCCGGCGGCAGCGGCGGGCAACGGGGUCCAGGCCGCCCCCAGCGCCUCCGCCGCCUCCAAGAAGCCCGCCUCCGGUUGCAGCCGCAACCCCAGCCCCAGCACCGAUCUGAAGGAAGAGCAGCACCACCAACUUGACCCAAAUAACCCUGCAGCGAACUGGAUCCACGCUCGUUCCACCAGGAAAAAGCGAUGCCCCUACACCAAAUUCCAAACCCUGGAACUGGAAAAGGAAUUCCUCUUUAAUAUGUACCUCACCAGGGAUCGCCGUUACGAAGUGGCCAGGAUUUUAAACCUGACCGAAAGGCAGGUUAAAAUAUGGUUCCAGAACCGGCGAAUGAAGAUGAAAAAAAUGAACAAAGAGAAAGGCGCUAAAGGGGACUAG